CACCAGACAGCAUUGCGCUGGCUGUUGCUGUAGUCUGAAUGGAGGCUCAGGCAGACUCCAGUGCUGUAGAGCAAAACAGAGAGAGAGACUUUCCCAAACUCCUCAAGUCCUCCAGCUCUGCCAGUCUCACUGCUGAGGCACUGCACAAUGUUUCAGGAGAGCAGCUCGGAAGCCCUGGGUAUCACUGCCAGGUGCUGCGUGCAGAGAAACGUCAGCCCCUAAGCAGUGUCUCCUCCCUGGAGGUGCACUUUGAUCUCCUGGACCUGACCGAGCUCACAGACAUGUCUGAUCAGGAGCUGGGAGAAGUCUUUGCUGAUUCAGAUGAAGAGAAUCACAAUGAAACUCUAGCAAAUCAUCAGCACCCCCCACUGCCGCGUUUCCCUCAUAGCGGUUACGUCCGAUCGCCUUCCUGGACCCGAGGUGGAAAAGGGGAGCAGCAAGCCAGGGAGCGGAAGCAUCACAGCGACUCUGAGAACACAGAGCCUUUGCUGAAGAUUGAGCGCUCCCAAUCCCAGCAGCCCUGAGCCAUAACCAGCUACAUGAGCUCAGAGAGGACAAAACGUCCUUGUCUGGAGGCUGAAAGUUCCUUCCUAAGGAAGUGAUGAGGGAUCUCUGGAAGGAUACAAGGAACCCUGCUUGAGAGAAAAUGAUUUUCCUUGCCUAAAUGAGGCAAAUGGAUUGAAUAAUUAACCUGAAAGGCUGAGAGAUUGGGCUCUUCUGGAUAUGCAUUACACCUCCUUUAACCAGCAAUAUAUGGGAGGAGAAUCUGUAAUGCAAUUCAUAUGGUCAUUCCUUUCUAUGAAGAACUUGAAGCAUGGUCUCAUGAAGUAUCAUGGCCCAUUUAGAGUCUUUACAGGCUCUGGAGAAAAAAAACAUCUAAGAGUUAUAGAGAACUACUGCAAUCUACUUUAAGGAAAGGGGCAUUUUAUUUCAACAGCCUAUGGGACAGCAUACAUGAACACAUUGCACUAUAAGUGUUCUACAUGCAGAGGGGGAAGAAAAGCUUAGCAACUUGCACAUAUUAUGUUGCACUCACCGCUUUCAGGUGGUGUAAACACUGGGAAACAUAAAACAUAGAAAGUAAAACACCUAGGCUUUUUAUGCACCAGGUACAUGAGCAACCUAGCAAAUAAUGGGAUUUGGCUGUAUGCUGAGUGAGGGUUCCUAAUAGGCCUAAUGCCUGUUGAAAUGCUUUUGACAACACGUGCCAAAAUGAUUUUUUUCCACCCAGUGAUUCUCUUGAAAAUCCUUUAGGUAUUCAACCAGUGUUCUGAAAGAAUCCCAGCUUAAACUGAAAUGAGUAAAUAUCUAUAUGCUAUUUGUGUGAUUUUAUUUCCAACAUGUGCAUUUAUAAAACUAAGCUAUUAAUGAAACAAUUACAGGUUAUUACAGGGUUAAAUUAAGUUAAGCAUGUUAUACAGGGUAGGAUAUGAUGGGUAAAGCAAUGCAGACAGAGAGGUAAAACAAACAGAUCAAAAUGAAUAAAAUAUAAUAACAAGGAAA